GCUACCGGUUUGGAGGCAGUAGUAAAUUAAAGGAACCGUCUCGUCAAAGCCUCUGCUGGUUGCGUUGCUCUGAUCCCCUCUCUCACUUCUCAGAGCACGCGGCAGGGAGGAUAAGCUUGGAAUGCGCUGCUAGCUCGAGGGUGCAACUGCAACCGGGUGUCCAUGGUGGAGAGGGAGAGGGACGAGAGAGAACCCAUUGCCCUGACCGGCGGCGGCGGGCAGUUGCAGCAAGGAGGAGCAUCAGGCCCCGGCACGGAGGAGGACGAUGACAGGGACGGCGAAGAAAGAGAUAGAGACGCGGGAGACGAAGUGGAGGAGGAGAAGGAUCGAGGCGGCGUGGAAGAGUGGUCGGAGAUAAGGCUGGCCAUCGCGGAGCUGUCCCCGGCGCAGCUCACCAAGCACCGCGGCUGCGGCUGCAGCUGCGGCCGCGUCGGCGGCGGCGAUGGCAAGCCGGUCGCGUCGUCCCCGCCCACGCUGCCGUUCCUGGCGCUGUCGCACCUCCUCCUCCGGGUGCUAGAUAAGAUCGGGCCGACCAUGGCCGUGCUGAGGCUCGACGUCCAACGGAACAUCGAGAGGCUGCAGGAGCUGUACUUGUUGGACCCAGCCAAGUACUCUACGCUAACGGAGAUCGUGGAGAAAGAGGUCACGGAGGGCACUGCACGGAAGGUCGAUAGCUGUGCAAGGGCCGUCUUGUGGCUCGCUAGAUCCAUGGAUUUCGCAAUCGCGCUGUUACAGAGAUUAGAGGAGGACUCUGACCUUGCACAGCUUGUGGAAGCUGCGUACGAGGUCAGCCUAAAGCCAUGGCACGGCUGGAUCUCUUCGGCGGCAUGCAAGAUAGCUUUGAAGCUCAUCCCUGAGAAGAAGAUCUUCACCAGCAUGUUCCUAGGGAUGGGCCAAGACUGCUCUACUCUGAAGGAUGAGAUCGAGAAGCUCGCAUCGUUGCUUGGGCCCCUCCUUGAUGACAUCCACUCCAUGAUGGCAAAGUUCAGACUGGACAGGCUCAAGUCGACGUGAUCCAUGGCAGGCCCAAGGCCCCAACAAGCCAUCUGUUGCCGUUCUGUGAAUAUUGCCCUGAUUGUAUUUGCCAGUGCUGUAAAAGGUUCAACGUCCACUUUGCAGCUGCUGUUCAGUUAGACACUGGUUUUGUAGUCUGUACAUAGGUCUUUGCUUGUAGAGUAGACUGUAAGAUCUGCAUGCAGUUGCAGUGCCUUUUUCUUUGAACAAAUCAUGUCCUGAUUCCUUGUU